AUGGAUCUCGAGAACCUGCCACGAAUAUUCUUACUCUCUGCUCACCUGAAGCCGGAAGAACUGCACCAACUCGAAGAAGGGAUUCCUACAUUGACGUACGACAUCAAUGAGGCUGAGAUCGUGGUUGGCAAGAUAUCGCAACCUAAGCGCGCUGAAUUUGAACUAAGAAGAGCAAAGCUUAACCUCCUACCAUCGGAACAAGCACAGACUCAAUGUGAUGAACCUUCGCUCAAUGAAGUGGCGGCGGACGCGGACGAUGGCCCUGACCCUAAACGGAGGAAGACCACAGAACCUGUCGUCACGGGAAGCGAUACAGUCAAAGUUGUCAAGUUGGCGUGGCUCUUGGACUCGUGGGAGAAGGACGAACUACUCCCUAUGGACCAGUACUUGAUCUACCAGUGCAGCAAAGCACCGGUACGAGAAACAACACUUGUAUCUGUACCUGUGCAUAUGCCCGAAUCUGGACUCGAAGCUGUAUACGGGCCCCCAGCCGGCUCAACUUCUCCAGAAAACAGCAUCUUGGAACGGGCUCUUAUUGAACAGAAAGCUCAGUCAGCGAAAACUUCACCACGCAACCGUCAUAAACGGCGCCAUGAUGCCUCGGCGACAUUAUCACAGACCGCGCCGAGCCUGCUCCACCAAACUACAUCGGAACAUGAUAUCGACUUACCUGCGAUGCCCGAGUUUUCAAAAACUAUCUAUUCUUGCCAGCGGCCCACUUACAUGAACCCGCCUAACGAAGACUUUGUUAAACUUCUCAUUGACAUACGCACUAUCCGUCAGCUCCGAGAAGACGAAGUAGGAGUAAGAGCUUACUCCACAUCCAUUGCUUCGGUGGCAGCGUACCCUUAUCCUCUCAAGAAUCCCCAAGAAGUCGCGCGAUUGCCAGGUUGCGGUAAUAGAAUUGCCGAACUAUGGCACCAUUGGAAGGAAACAGGAGAGUCGGCGGAAGUACGUGAAGCCGAUGCUGACCCCAAGAUGUCUGUUCUGAAGGUCUUCUAUAACAUAUGGGGCGUGGGAGCAGUUACUGCCCGCGAGUUCUACCAGAAAGGAUGGCGAGAUCUGGAUGAUUUGAUAGAGUACGGAUGGGCUACUCUUAGUCGCUCACAGCAAAUUGGUGUCAAGUAUUACAGCGAAUUCCUCCUCGGGAUUCCUCGAAAUGAAGUCACCUCUAUCGGCGCUUCCAUCUUGAAAUACGCUCGCAGGAUCGAUCCAGGAUUUGAAAUGGUCAUUGUUGGAGGCCACAGACGAGGCAAGCAGCAAUCGGGAGAUGUGGACGUCGUCUUGAGUCAUCGGGACGAGAAUAUGACACUCCACGUAAUAUCCAAGAUUGUCGUGGCCCUCGAACAGGCUUCUCUGAUCACUCAUACACUCACGCUAUCGACCCACAACAGUGAACGAGGACAACGUCCUUUGUCAUGGAAAGGACAGAGCUCCCAGAGCUCGGGGUUUGACACACUCGAUAAGGCAUUGGUGGUUUGGCAAGAUCCGAAUCAAGAAGAUGCGCCACACAGGCGAAUCGACAUAAUCAUCAGUCCAUGGAAGACAGUUGGCUGCGCGGUGUUAGGCUGGAGUGGCGGGACGACUUUUCAAAGAGACCUUCGACGAUACUGCAAGAAUAACAGAGGGUACAAGUUCGACAGCAGUGGGAUUCGACGUAGGGAUAAUGGUGAAUGGGUUGAUCUUGAAGGGACCUCAGCCGGCGAUGUGGCUUCUGAUAUGGAAACAGCAGAACGGAGGGUUUUUGAAGGCCUUGGUCUGACGUGGCGUUCACCUGAAGAAAGGUGCACUGGCUGA